AAGGCGGCGGCGCCUUUGAGCGUCACGCGCAGGGCUCUCUGCUUUGGGACUCGGGGUGGGAACAUGUCGCGUCUGAGAGGGGUCGCGGAGCGGGAUCCCCGAGCGGGUUUCAGAGCUGAAAGGGGAGACUGCUUAAACCUGUCGGGGCGGAACCUCAGCGAAGUGCCUCAGUGUGUCUGGAGAAUAAAUGUGGAUAUCCCUGAGGAAGCUAAUCAGAAUCUUUCAUUCAGUGCUACCGAGCGAUGGUGGGAACAGACGGAUUUGACCAAAUUAAUAAUAUCCAACAAUAAACUUCAGUCACUUACAGAUGACCUCCGACUCCUACCUGCACUCACUGUUCUUGAUAUACAUGACAAUCAGCUGACAUCCCUUCCUUCUGCUAUAAGAGAAUUAGAAAAUCUUCAGAAACUUAAUGUCAGCCAUAACAAACUGAAGAUACUCCCUGAAGAAAUUACAAAUCUAAGAAACCUGAAGGGCCUGUAUCUUCAGCAUAAUGAACUAACUUCUAUACCAGAGGGAUUUGAACAACUGUUCAAUUUAGAAGAUUUGGAUAUUUCAAAUAAUUGUCUUACAACUGUUCCUGCUAGUUUUUCUUCUCUAUCCAGUCUGGUGCGACUCAAUCUUUCCAGUAAUCAACUGAAGAAUUUGCCAGCAGAAAUAAGUGGAAUGAAAAGAUUAAAGCAUUUGGAUUGUAAUUCAAAUCUGUUGGAAUCUAUACCUUCUGAAUUGGCUGGCAUGGAAUCACUAGAAUUGCUUUAUUUGCGGAGGAAUAAAUUACGUUUUUUACCAGAAUUUCCUUCUUGUAAAUUAUUAAAGGAAUUACAUUUAGGUGAAAACCAAAUUGAAAUGUUAGGGGCAGAACAUCUUAAGCAUCUGAAUUCUAUCCUUGUGCUAGACCUCCGGGAUAACAAGUUAAAAUCUGUCCCAGAUGAAAUUACACUACUACAAUCAUUGGAAAGGCUUGACCUAAGCAACAAUGAUAUUAGCAGUCUGCCCUAUUCUUUGGGAAAACUUCAUUUGAAAUUCCUGGCACUAGAAGGAAAUCCUAUGAGAACCAUUCGAAGAGAAAUUAUAAAUAAAGGAACCCAAGAAGUCUUAAAAUAUCUACGAAGCAAGAUUAAAGAUGAUGGACCUAGACAAAGUGACUCUGUUAUUGAGACUGCCAUGACACUACCAAGUGAAUCUAGAGUCAAUGUACAUGCCAUCAUCACAUUAAAAAUAUUAGACUAUAGUGAUAAACAGACAACCUUGAUUCCCGAUGAAGUGUUUGAUGCAGUAAAAAGCAAUAUUGUCACUUCUAUUAACUUCAGUAAGAAUCAGCUAUGUGAAAUUCCAAAAAGGAUUAUAGAACUGAAGGAAAUGGUUUCUGAUGUCAAUCUCGGUUUUAAUAAGCUUUCCCUUAUAUCUUUGGAAUUAUGUAUGCUUCAGAAAUUGAGUUUUUUAGAUCUCAGAAACAAUUUUUUAAAUUCCUUGCCUGAAGAAAUGGAAUCGUUGAUACGACUACAGACAAUCAAUCUUUCCUUUAAUAGGUUCAAAAUACUACCUGAAGUUCUGUAUCGCAUCUCCACACUUGAAACGAUUUUAAUUAGUAACAAUCAGGUUGGAUCUGUGAACCCUGAAAAAUUGAAGAUAAUGGAGAAUCUGGUCACAUUGGACCUUCAAAAUAAUGACCUCCUACAAAUUCCACCAGAGCUUGGUAAUUGUGUAAACUUAAGAACAUUACUGCUAGAUGGAAAUCCAUUCCGUGUUCCGCGAGCAGCCAUAUUAAUGAAAGGAACAGCCGCUAUUCUGGAAUAUUUGAGAGACCGAAUUCCUACAUAAAUUGGAGUUGUUUUAUAAUCUUGGUCAUGCUAAUUCUUAGAAUUCUUACAUUGAUAAUGAAUGUUUUUCUAAGGUGUUGUGUACAUUUGUAAUGGUGAUAACAGUGUUCUGAGUGUUUUGUACAAGAUUUAUCCUACUCAUUUUCAUUCUAUUAUAACAAAACAGUUUCUUCAAAAGUGAAUUUUUAUUUAAUGAAGUUUAAUAUUUUUAUAAUGACAAAGUGUUUUUGUAGAAGUUGGUUUUUUCCCUAGUUCUGUUUUUGUUACAUAUAAUGUGACCAAUUGACUUGAGUAUGACCAUCCAAUUUCUUUUGUUUAAUAUAAAAUUGACUUGAAUUUUAUUCAGUGUUGUUCUUUGACAUUUAAAAAUAAGACUUCAUUACUGAUAGGACUUAUGUGAUGUUGUUGGUCUCAAUAUAAGUUUUCCAUUAACAUGCACUGUAUUGUUUUGUUUUAAUCUAGUUGAAAUAUCUUUAGCCUUUUCCCCAAGUUUUAGGAAAUCAUUUUGUCAUGAUUUCUAAUGUCACAGACAUGCUACACAAGAUAUAGCUAUAGUUGGAGAAAAUAGUAAGUGUUGUUAAAAUUACUCUCACCUUCUUGAAUUAAAAGUUGACAAGGUUUUAUAAAAUGAUGUCUUAGUAUUAAGCCUCCAUACAAUAAUCUGGUACUUCUGGAUGCAAGAAAUUCAAAGAGAUUGGAUCUGCAUAUUUUUCCUUCAGAGUGUUAGCAGUUUAAAAGUACUUUUUUUCUAAAUAUUGAAGACCUUAUUUUAUUCUAUAGAUAUUAGAAACAGGACAUAACCAAUAAUGUAUACUGCAUAAAAAUCUUGAAAUGUGCUUUGUUUAAAUGCUUACUAAUUAAGUAUUUGUAUACAUCUAUUCUGUUGGUGUGUUCUAAUCCAGCCUUGUAUAUAUUUUUUUUU